CAGAUAAGGUGACACAGAGUUAGGGUGCAGUCGUAACCGAAAAACAGGGAGCUCCCUAGGACUCCUAUAAAUCAAAGGCCGCAUCAGCCAUUCGAGCGCGCUAAGACACUCAAAGAUUGAGAGAUCAGCCAUGGCGAAGCCGCGUAAGCCGAAGAAUGAGGACGCUAAGCCCGAUAAUUCCGGAGCUGUAGUCCGUCAUCAGAAGCUCUGCCUCUCUAUCGACAUGGAUAAGCGCCAAAUUUAUGGUUAUACGGAGUUGGAAAUUGCUGUCCCAGAUAUAGGAAUUGUGGGUUUACAUGCGGAGAAUUUAGGUAUCGAGAAUGUGUUUGUGGAUGGUGAGCUUACGGAGUUUGAAUACUAUCCGCGCCAGCAAGAUGGGGUAGAAUGCGAAAAGAGAUGGAGUUGGGUGUCUUCUCCUAGCUCAGCUGCUGAUGCUGCAGGCUCUGCUUAUGUUUCGGCGCUCGAGAAAGAACUGGUUCCUAAUUUACUCAUUAACUGUUGCAAGCCAGCCUUUAGGGCUCCCAUUGAACAACAGGAUCAAGCGAACUCAGAGAAUGGUGAAGCUAAGCAGAAUGUGAAAUUGGUUCGUAUCAACUAUUGGGUAGAGAAAGCAGAAACAGGGAUUCAAUUUAAUGAAAAUGUGCUGCAUACAGAUAACCAGAUUAGGCGUGCAAGAUGUUGGUUCCCUUGUGUGGAUGAAGGUUCUCAGCGUUGCUGUUAUGAUCUGGAGUUCUCUGUUGCACAUCACCUUGUCGCCGUCAGUACUGGCAACUUACUAUAUCAGGUUUUGAGCAAGGAUGAUCCUCCUCAUAAAACUUAUGUCUACAGAUUAGAUGUUCCAGUAACUGCUCAAUGGAUAUCAUUAGUGGUUGCACCAUUUGAGAUCCUUCCUGAUCCUCAUGUUGGUUUCAUAUCACACAUGUGCUUGCCAGCUAAUCUAGCAAAGCUUCAGAAUACUGUGGAAUUUUUUCACAAUGCAUUCAACCAUUAUGAAGAAUACCUUGAUGCAAAAUUUCCUUUUGGAUCGUAUACGCAAGUGUUCUUAGCUCCUGAGAUGGUGUUAUCCUCAUGUAGUUUGGGAGCUUCCAUUAGCAUUUUUAGUUCUCAAGUUUUAUAUGACAACAGGGUUAUUGAUCAGGCCAUAGACACGAGCAUCAAACUAGCUUUUGCACUUGCGAAACAGUGGUUUGGAAUUUAUAUAGUUCCUGAGGAACCCAAUGACGAAUGGCUUCUGGAUGGGCUUGCUGGUUUUCUGACGGAUUUGUUUAUCAAGAAAUUUUUAGGAAAUAAUGAAGCACGUUACAGGAGAUACAAGGCUAAUUGUGCUGUUUGCAAAGCAGAUGAUAGUGGUGCUACAACUUUAAGCUCCUCUGCUUCUUGUAAGGAUUUAUAUGGAACCAAUUGCAUUGGUAUAUAUGGGAAAAUACGGUCUUGGAAGUCUGUGGCAAUUCUGCAAAUGUUGGAAAAGCAAAUGGGGCCAGAAUCCUUUCGCAAAAUUUUGCAGAAAGUUGUCUUGCGGGCUCAAGAUACAAUCCCUGUGAGAUCUCUUAGUACAAAGGAGUUUCGGCAUUUUGCUACUAAGGUUGGAAAUCUUGAGCGUCCGUUCUUGAAAGAAUUUUUUCCUCGGUGGGUUGGGUCAUGCGGGUGUCCAAUGUUGAGGAUGGGGUUCUCAUAUAACAAAAAGAAAAAUAUGAUUGAACUGGCGGCUCUAAGAGAGUGUACAGCUGCUCCUGAUGCUAGUGCAUCAGUUCUUAACCCUGAUUCUGAUAAUCGAGAUGGUGAUAUUGGAUGGCCUGGGAUGAUGAGUAUCAGGGUUUAUGAACUUGACGGUAUGUAUGACCACCCUAUUCUUCCCUUGGCUGGAGAAAUGUGGCAGCUUCUGGAAAUACAGUGCCAUUCAAAGCUUGCUGCUAGACGCUUCCAAAAGCCUAAAAAGGGUUCUAAACCUGAUGGCUCUGAUGAAAAUGCUGAUGUUGUACCUGCAACAGAUAUGCGCUCCAGUUUGGAAUCUCCCUUGUUAUGGAUUAGAGCUGAUCCAGAAAUGGAAUACCUCGCUGAAAUUCACUUUAAUCAGCCUGUACAGAUGUGGAUCAAUCAGCUGGAGAAGGAUGAGGAUGUUGUGGCUCAGGCACAAGCAAUUGCAGCACUAGAAGCAUUACCACAGCUGCCAUUUUCUGUUGUAACUGCCCUGAAUAGUUUCCUCAUCGACUCCAAGGCCUUCUGGAGAGUUCGGAUUGAGGCGGCUUUUGCAUUGGCUAAUACAGCAUCCGAGGAAACUGAUUGGUCUGGUUUACUUCACUUGGUAAAAUUUUACAAAAGUCAAAGGUUUGAUGCAACAAUUGGACUCCCCAAGCCAAAUGACUUUCAUGAUUUUCCAGAGUACUUUGUUCUUGAGGCCAUUCCUCAAGCUGUGGCAAUGGUUAGAGCUGCAGACAAAAAGAGCCCGAGGGAAGCUAUUGAAUUUGUUUUGCAACUUUUAAAGUAUAAUGAUAAUACUGGAAAUCCUUAUUCUGAUGUGUUCUGGCUUGCUGCAUUGGUCCAGUCUGUGGGUCAACUUGAAUUUGGGCAACAGAGUGUGAUGCUUUUAUCAUCCCUUCUCAAGCGCAUCGAUAGGCUUUUGCAAUUUGACAGGCUGAUGCCUAGCGACAAUGGGAUCUUGACAAUCAGCUGCAUCCGUACUUUGGUACAGAUCGCAUCAAAGCUUUCUGGAUCUGUUCAUCUUGAUCACGUUUUUGAACUUAUAAAACCUUUUCGAAAUUUUAAAACAAUAUGGCAAAUUCGAAUUGAAUCAAGCAGAGCACUCCUUGAUCUGGAAUUUCACUGCCGGGGCAUUGAUGCAGCAUUGUCUUUGUUCAUCAUAUAUUUGAAGGAGGAACCAAGCCUAAGAGGGCAGGCAAAACUUGCUGCGCAUGCUAUGCGGUUAUGCCAGAUACGAGAUGGAUCUAAUUCGAAGGAUGUCAUCAAGAACGCAACUCUUCUGGCUUUGCUUGGUGUGCUUGAGUGCCACGUGGCGUUCAAUAACAUAUAUCUUAGGCACUACUUGUUCUGCAUCUUACAAAUCCUUGCAGGAAGGAUGCCAACACUUUAUGGGGUUCCCAGAGAUAAAACAUCAUGUCUUGGUAAUACUGAAACAUUGGGUGAGCCGAGGAACAUUUUUGCAACACUUGUUCUGGAGCCAAAGACUCUAGAUCCUCCUGUGGUCAUUUCAAAAUCUGAUCAGGAUAAUAUCGCUAUUCCAGAGGCUCCCAAGGAAGCAGACACCAUCUCCAGUAAUCACCUACAAAAGAUGGAUUUGGUAAUUACAGAAAACAUGAAGGAACCUGGUAUGAUCUCCAAUAAUCAUGACCAGAAGAUGGAUUUGACCGUUCCUGAACCUUUAAAAGAAGCAGAUACAAUCUCUAACAAUCAAGAGCGUAAGAUGCCAGUUGUCAAGAUUAGAGUAAAAAAAUCUGCUGCUUCUAGUAGAGCAGAUGAGGCUGAUAAUCAAACUGUUGAAAGAUCUCAAGGUGCGCAUCGUGAAAUUGAUCGUGGGGCCAGCAGUUCUGUUUCUGUGGAUGCACCCCCUAGGAAUUCCACUGAGGCAGUGAGUGCAAACAAUCAAAACGUUGAGGAAGUCAAUUCAUGUCUUGACCAUGGGUCUCGGAUGACUGCUAGCAUUGGCAGUGCGAAAGUUGCAAGUGAUGGGGACAAUUAUGGGAAGGAACUUCAGUGCACUGCUGAUUCGAGCAAAGUUUUUGUGCUCUCUCGGCCAGAGGAUCCACCAUCACCUAGUGUCAUGCAAGAUAAUAAUGUGGAUACUGGGGCACAAAAAUAUGCUAGUCUUCAAAACCUUUCAGUUGGAAGAUUAGAUUGUGAUGGUGGUUCAUCAGGAGCUUUGGUAUCUCCUCACUGCAGGAAAGAAAAGGACAAGAAAAAAGACAAGGAAAAGAAACGGAAACGGGAAGAUCAUAAAGGGCACAAGGAUGAUCCUGAGUACCUGGAAAGGAAGCGGUUGAAGAAAGAGAAAAAACGGAGGGAAAAGGAAAUGGCAAAGUUGCUUGGUGAUGAGGCAAAUGCUUCUUCAAUGGGAGGACUUGUUAAAAUACAGGAACCCAGCAGCAUUAAAUUGGCAACUGUUCAAGUGAAGCCAAGCGAAUCCAGUGGUUCCAAAAUGGCGAACCCCAAUGUGGAAACAAAACCUGAGCCAUCUGAAGGUAACUCUGCUCCUAGAUUUCGAAUUAAAAUUAAGAAUAGGACGCUGAAUAAAUCCUAAUGUACGCAGUUAGCUCUUUUCAAUUAUGGAAAUUGAUGGGAUCAAAUUUUCUAUGAAUUUUUGGCUUGUAUAUUUCCAACAAGUGUAGUACAACUUUGCCAAUGUGAGGAAUAGCUUUCAAGAUCUAAGGUUUUGUUGAAUGACUGUUGUUGUGA